CUCAAAGUUAAAAUCGAACUACCUUCCCCAAAGUUCAUCACAUUGAAGGGGUGUCGUAUUUGCGUUGCUUCAAGGCACCCGUCUUACCCCGGAUCAUACCUUGCGCGACACGUCAAGGGAUAGAAUCGUUGUGCUGCAAGUGAACACAUCAAGAAGCGCACUCACGACAUCAACAUACCUACUACCUAUCUUGCACCUCAAAUAAUCACAGCACGUCAUCGCAUCUUCAAGGCUGUGUGAUCAAGUCCCCCUUCAUUUGACAGCCAAAUAUCCGAAGGACGGCAAGAUUUGACACUUGGAGGGGUACAAAGGCGUACAUCAUUUGCUCCAAAUAUCAUAUCUGGGACGUUGUUCUUGACGAGAGGGCCGGCUCGGUUGAACCUUACAACGGAGCUCAACUCGCUAUACAAACUGAUACCUGAAGUCGUUUCUCCAAAAUUUUGACACUUCAAAGCUUGACAAUCAAAUUUCAGCUAUGGAGUCGCCAUUUUUUGACAAGGAGCCUCAACCCAAGGCUGCGAGCUUCAAGGGUCGACUUCAGAUGCAAGAUUUCAUGUUCACCCCGACCAGCGAACCACUCAACACCAAUAACGCCAGUACUACCACUGCCGACAACAUUUCCAUAUCUCCUAGCCCUUCUUCCCAGCGGCCACUCCGUCGUAGUCCACGGAAGCAGACUCCACUCGGCCCCGUCCCGUCCCCGAACCGAGUCACCAAGCAGACGGCCGGCAGCCGCGCCAAGUUGCAAGCCCCCGAGUCCGCUUCAACAUCCAUCUCUUUCAAAACCGAAGAAGCUGAAGAAGACUCACAAGACAUCUUCACCAUCUCCAACGAACCAAGCCCAAAGCCAGAGCCAACCUCAAACACAAAAACAAAACCAAAACGCAAACGCAAGGCCGCCGGAGGCUACGCACCACCCUCAACCUACGCUCACCUCCCCCACCUGACCGACAUCCUCGCGCCAGACCUGCUGGUCCUCUUCGUCGGCCUCAACCCGGGGCUCCGCACCGCGGCCCUCGGCCACGUCUACGCCCACCCCUCCAACCUCUUUUGGAAACUCCUAUUCUCCUCGGGCAUCACCCCGCGCCUCUGUGCCCCAACAGAAGACCGCGACCUGCCGGCGCUGUACGGGCUGGGCAACACCAACAUUGUCGCCCGCCCGAGCCGCAACGGCGCCGAGCUCUCCAAGGCGGAGAUGGACGAGGGCGUCGGGGCCCUCGAGGAUAAAGUUCGGGGCUGUAGGCCCGAGGUUGUCUGUAUCGUGGGCAAGUCGAUCUGGGAGAGCAUCUGGCGGGUGAGGCACGGGAGGGGCAUCAAGAAGGAGGAGUUUCGGUAUGGGUGGCAGGACGAGAGCGAGAACAUGGGUGUCGUUGCGAAGCGGGAGCAGGACGAGGGGAAGGAAGACAGCAUCCAGGCAUUUGGGGCGUGGGCUGGCGCCAAGGUCUUUGUUGCUACUAGCACGAGCGGUCUUGCUGCCUCGCUCCGCCCGGCUGAGAAGGAGAAGAUUUGGAGAGAGCUGGGUGCUUGGUGUGAACGGAGGCGAGCGGAAAGGGAGGCGGAAGCCGAAGCUUAAGCGAUAUCACAUAACGGUCGGGCGUUAAUCAUUUUCAACGAGGAUAUAAGUUUACGCCAUGAUGGCA